AUGCUCCAUUCCCGUCUACGACCCCUCCCCCGCCGCCAUCAUCCCACCAACACACCCAGCGCCCCAACACCAGAAUUCCAUAACGAAGACGUCGACCGCGAAACCGACGAAUCAUCCGAAGACCUCUUCAGUGCAUUCCUCCCCCACCUCUUCCCAGAUGACGCACCUUCCUUCCACGGCGACCCAGGCCAACACCUCCUCUACAGCUCCCCGCGCUAUGGCGACCUCAACAUCAUGGUCCCCAGCUACCCAAGCUCAAGCCAGAAGCGGUCCGAGGAGAUUGCCGCAGGCCAGGCCAAGGCAGAUGGAUCAGUGAACCCGGUCGAUGAAGGACGCAAGCUCUUCGCGCAUUUCCUCUGGAGCGCGGCGAUGGUUGUCGCAGAGGGCGUCGAGCAGGCGGACACACCCAUCGCACCAGGUGAAGUAGAGACAGAAGCCCAGAGAGAAACCCGGGAGUUAUGGAGUAUCAAGGACGAGAGUGUGCUCGAGUUGGGCGCUGGCGCCGCCCUUCCUUCCGUGAUCUGUGCUCUAGCCGAUGCCUCGAAGGUUGUGGCAACCGACCACCCGUCCUCGCCUGCCUUCAGCGGCGCAAUCGCUUUCAAUAUAGAGCACAAUCUAGCCAAGCGCACGCCUAAGGUGGCGGGAGAAGUGUCAAUGCACCCGCAUGAAUGGGGUGUGUUAGAUGACUCCUUCGCGACGGCGAAUAAGGGCGUCUUUUCGCGCAUCGUCGCAGCGGAUUGCUUCUGGAUGCGCUCGCAGCAUGAGAACCUCGCCCGCACGAUGCAAUGGUUCCUUUCGCCAGGUGGCAAGGUGUGGGUCGUUGCUGGAUUCCAUACGGGGCGGGCGAUUGUUGCCGGGUUCUUUGAGACGGUUCUUGAGAAUGGAUUUGUGAUUGAGAGUAUCUUUGAGAGAGAUUUGGUUGCGAGGUUGGAGGAUGGGGGUGAGAUUCGCAGGGAGUGGGUUCCGGUUAGGGAAGGGGAGGGUACGGAGAAUCAGAAGAGAUGGUGUGUUAUUGCUGUUUUGAAGAGGAAGGGGGAGUAG